AUGCCAUAUGCACACUGGUGUUGUGGACAUCCCAUCGUCGUGAAAUACAAAGACCUCUCGUUCAGACUCGACAAGCCCUCAGAUGCCUAUAUUUCCGUUACUCAUCCCCGCUGGUGCCCGAAAUGCGCGAAAGUCCGUACCAUGGCAAUAUUGGAAAAUACGAAGAUCGAUCGAAAAUACAAGGAAGAUAGAAGAAUGCCGGCCCACUUUCAGCUCGCAUGGAAACUUGGAGUCCGAGAUGGUAGAAUGGCAGCGCAGACAAUAGACCUUGAAAAAUGGAGUCUCAUCAGUGCUAUUGAUGCAUUUUUGGCAAGUCAAAAAUCUGAUGGGCAUUCCGGGAAUGGCAAGUCCGGUGACGCAGUAGGGCAGCUGAUUGCCUCGAUGAAGCUGGCAAAGCUCGAUGUAUCCAGACAAAUAACCGAUGGAGAAUUGAGGGCCAUGAUUCUUAAGACUGUUAUGCUCGAUGAGCGAACGGGUGCUAGGCAGACCUUGGCUGUCAAGUACCAGGAAGGGAAAAUGGAAGGCGUUGACUUUCAGUUGAAAUACGAAAAAAGUGUCAUGAGCUUGAAUGAUCCGAUGGCUAGAAUGGGAGGCAUGGAGGCGUCGCUGGGAAAGCACGACGUACCUUGGUGA